AUGGGAAUGGCAUCGCACCUGAACGAUACUGAAUGGUCAGAACAGGCUGGAAUGCUUCUCAACUUUCGAGAUAAAAAAGUUGCAGAACUCCGAAGCGAUGAUAUUACUUUAAAACGAAUUAUAAUUGAGCGACGGAUCAAGAAAGCAGCUAAACAACAUUUACAAAAUGAGAGUGCCUUUGCUCGUGGCAGGCUUGACAAGGUGAGUGCGGAAUAUUUGAAGAGUAUGUGUAUGGACUAUGAUGAGCUGAAAACGGCGGGGGUCGCUUACAAACAUGAAACGGAUAUGCGAGAUGAGGAGCUUGAGACGGAACGAAUGUCGGAUAAAGAAAGAUCUGAAACCCCAGACCGCCAAGAAACAACCAUGGAUAUUCUGAUAACAAAAGAAUUGAGUUCAGAUAAACCCAACGACACUGUAAUGCAGAACCCAAGGGAGCAGUACCUUUUGGAAAAUGCUCUCAAAAAUACAGAACUUGUCAAAUCUAUGUUGGAUUCAGAAGCGGCUCUUCAGAACCCGCGUAAGCACAGUAUAUCUGAAUCAGACGAAUAUGAUGUGCUCGGAAAUGAUUACGGUACAAGUAAUAACACGAAUGUACGUCCUACGGAGGUAAGCACUAGCUUUCCAUCGCACGCAAUAAACGCACAGAAUUCCGUAGAUUACCAAAACUUUGCAUUCAAUAGUCAUGGUGGUAUGGCAGUCUACCAACCAAAUGCGCCAUUCAACUUAACGCAGUCAAAUCCACCUAUUAACGCAAUUCCUACCACCACUACUGGAAUCAAGAAAACUAGGUCGGGAACAUUAUCACCGCGAAAAUCUCAGUCAGCUCAGCAACCUCAAGCGGGGUCUCGAAACAAAGCGCCAAAAGCCCUAAGAAGAAUGGAACAUGUGGCUCGUAAACAUGGUCUUUGA